AUGGAGGGGACUCUAGCUGAACCGUACCAGAAGCAGAGCACGAAGGUUCCGCCUACUCAGCUGGAACUAGCUCGAGCAUUGGUCUGCAUUGUUAUAUAGAUAAGGAUUCUGUGGGAGUGAUUUGACUGUACUAAAACUCUGAUUGGUUUGAGACUUUAUCAUUCAAGGUAGCAGUAGCAAUUGAGGCGUUCAGAGAUAAAUCAUUUGACACAAUAUAACAACUGUUUCUGUUGAGCUGUCAUUAACAUCGAAUGAUUAAGCCUGUUAUUUCUCGGAAACUAAUAGCAGGUGUCAUCAACCACGCUCGAAGAGUCAACCAUCAAGCCUUUUUUCUAUUCGAUUUGCUGCUAAACCGAAACGUCUGAGCAAUUACUGUUUGAUUCACAUCUUGUAACACUAUUUAAUUGCACAUAAUGCAGGACACAGCAUCACCAAGAAGCAGAUUCAUUACGCGUUUCACGGAUUUCCAGGAAGACCGAUAACGAAAGGUAACACUUGGAUGAAGAAAUGCAUGUCAUAGCCACACAUUUUCUUGUAGGCUACUUCUAUUAAGAACAAUUCUUAAUUUGGCAAUGUACUAUGUUUUGCUGUGUGUAUGCCACAGUCGCUCUCUAUAACUUGCUUUAGGCCUAUAGCCCAAUGGACAUUAUCGGUAUCAAUUCAACAGUCUUGACCCGCUAUUAAUAUACAUAUUUAUACAUUGUGUGAAACAGUGUGAUCAUGUGGAAAUAAUGCAACCGUUCGCCGCUGCAGUUAUUGCGACGUGUCAUUAUGAUUAUACUACGAAUCUAGGGUAAAUAUGUUAUAAAAUGGGUAUGGACGUUAUCCAAAUGUAAGGGUCCUUUUUCGUUUCAACGAUGUAAAUUGCAGUAGCCUAGUUACUGUUGUGCUGUUGAGCGCACGAGGGCGGGGACAACCCAAAUAAAUGUGGGGAGGGAAAAACGAAGACAACAAACCCUCCAAAUGUAGGCCACCGUGCGUGACCCAAUUCCUCGUAACACAGCGAGUGAAUAUGGAACACGGCGUUCCCCCGCCCCUCGUCACGGCUCGGCACAGUUCCAGGGCAGUGCUCUCUGUGUUUCACUGUGCCAGGAUGGUAGGUUCAAUGAAAACGACAUUACAAGAAGUAUCUUAUCACUAUAUAACAAUAUAUUAUAUUGGGAUUCCUCCUAUUGCUGUUAUUUCACAGUCUCUACUGAUGAUGGCAACAAACACACUAAGUAUUAAAAAGAAACAAAAUAAUAUAUUCACUAUUGGAUUGUGAAUCAGAAUACUGAAUAGUAGUCAAGUUUAUAUUCUCCGUCCAACCGUUCAUGUCUUCCCUUGAAUCAAGACAUACUUAUUGAAGUGAGCAGGGUGAAGAGUUUUGUAUAAAAGUAUCAGGUUUUCUUGGCUCAAGCUGCUGUGUGACAGAUAUUUUGUUUUGGACCCCUGGCAGUGCGAUCAGUCUGGCUCUGACCUACUUUCCUCCUAACUUCAUACCUGCAACGCUAUUAAUAUCCCUGACAUAAGGUUGGAGGAGCAGCACACAGCAUCUUCAACUGGACCUAGUUUAACCCUUAUUAUCAGCAUCUGGUCAACCUAUAUAUGUAUUAUACAGCUGCUUAAAACAAUUUCUGAGGAGAGGAAACCCCUAAACUAAUUAUUGUGGUCAGGUCAGGACAGCCUACUUCAGGGGUCUUCAGCCCUGUUCCUGGAGACCUACCCUCCUGUAGGUUUUCACUCCAACUAACCUGGUUCAGCUCAUCAACCAGCUACUUAUUAGAAUAAGGUGUGCUCGAUUAGGGUUGGAGUGAAAACCUACAGGACGGUAGCUCUCCGGGAACAGGGUUGGCGAGCCCUGGCCUACUUAAUACCUGCUAUUUCUUAGCACAGGUUUCCCCAAACUCAGUCCUGGCCCCCUUUGAUUCAAAUAAUCAAAGCUUGAUGAUGCGUUAGUUAUUUUAAUAAGCUGUGUAGCGCUAGGGCAAAAACCAAAUAGUGCACCCAGGUAGGGCCCCAGGACCUGACCACAAUAAUUACUUUAGGGGUUUCCUCUCCUCAGAAAUAGUUAUAAGCAGCUGUAUAAUACAUAUAUAGGUUGACCAGAUGCUGAUAAUAAGGGUAAAACUAGGUCCAGUUGAAAAUACUCCUCAGUUUCAUCAGCUGUCCGGGCGGCUGGUCUCAGACGAUCCCGCAGGUUAAGAAGCCGGAUGUGGAGGUCCUGGGCUGGCGUGGUUACACAUGAUCUGCGGAUGUGAGGCCGGUUGGAUGUACUGCCAAAUAUUCUAAAACGACGUUGGAGGUGGCUUAUGGUAUAGAAAAUAACAUAAAAUUCUCUGGCAACAGCUCUGGUGGACAUUCCUGCAGUCAGCAUGCCAAUUGCAUGCUCCCUCAAAACUUGAGACAUCUGCGGCAUUGUGUUUUGUGACAAAACUGCACAUUGUAAAGUUACCUUUUAUUGUCCCCAGCACAAGGUGCACCUGUGUAAUGAUCAUUCUGUUUAAUCAGCUUCUUGAUAUGUCACACCUGUCAGGUAGAUGGAUUAUCUUGGCAAAGGAGAAAUGCUAAUUAACAGGGAUGUAAACACAUUUCUGCACAAAAGUUUAGAGAAAUAAGCUUUUUGUGCUUAUGGAACAUUUCUGGGAUCUUUUAUUUCAGCUUAUGAAACAUGGGACCUUUCACUUUACACGUUGCGCUUAUAUUUUUGUUCAGUAUACAUAGAUUUGAUUGACACAUCAUGAGAAAAAAGCAGGAGGUACAUUUAAGCAAAGUAGAGCAAAGCUUUAUGAAUAACCUCCAUUAUGCCUCUCCACAGUAAUGUUACUGGAUACAGUGCCUUGCAAAAGUAUUCAUCCCCCUUGGCGUUUUUCCUAUUUUGUUGCAUUACAACCUGUAAUUUAAAUGGAUUUUUAUUUGGAUUUCAUGUAAUGGACAUACAUAAAAUCGUCCAAAUUGGUGAAGUGAAAUUCAAAAAAUAACUUGUUUCAAAAAUUCAAAAAAAUUAAUAAUGGAAAAGUGGUGCAUGCAUACAGUGAGGGAAAAAAGUAUUUGAUCCCCUGCUGAUUUUGUACGUUUGCCCACUGACAAAGAAAUGAUCAGUCUAUCAUUUUAAUGGUAGGUUUAUUUGAACAGUGAGAGACAGAAUAACAACAACAAAAUCCAGAAAAACGCAUGUCGAAAAUGUUAUAAUUUGAUUUGCAUUUUAAUGAGGGAAAUAAGUAUUUGACCCCCUCUCAAUUAGAAAGAUUUCUGGCUCCCAGGUGUCUUUUAUACAGGUAACGAGCUGAGAUUAGGAGCACACUCUUAAAGGGAGUGCUCCUAAUCUCAGCUUGUUACCUGUAUAAAAGACACCUGUCCACAGAAGCAAUCAAUCAAUCAGAUUCCAAACUCUACACCAUGGCCAAGACCAAAGAGCUCUCCAAGGAUGUCAGAGACAAGAUUGUAGACCUACACAAGGCUGGAAUGGGCUACAAGACCAUCGCCAAGCAGCUUGGUGAGAAGGUGACAACAGUUGGUGCGAUUAUUCGUAAAUGGAAGAAACAAAAAAAUAACUGUCAAUCUCCCUCGGCCUGGGGCUCCAUGCAAGAUCUCACCUCGUGGAGUUGCAAUGAUCAUGAGAACGGUGAGGAAUCAGCCCAGAACUACACGGGAGGAUCUUGUCAAUGAUCUCAAGGCAGCUGGGACCAUAGUCACCAAGAAAACAAUUGGUAACACACUACGCCGUGAAGGACUGAAAUCCUGCAGUGCCCGCAAGGUCCCCCUGCUCAAGAAAGCACAUAUACAGGGCCGUCUGAAGUUUGCCAAUGAACAUCUGAAUGAUUCAGAGGAGAACUGGGUGAAAGUGUUGUGGUCAGAUGAGACCAAAAUCGAGCUCUUUGGCAUCAACUCAACUCGCCGUGUUUGGAGGAGGAGGAAUGCUGCCUAUGACCCCAAGAACACCAUCCCCACCGUCAAACAUGGAGGUGGAAACAUUAUGCUUUGGGGGUGUUUUUCUGCUAAGGGAACAGGACAACUUCACUGCAUCAAAGGGACGAUGGACGGGGCCAUGUACUGUCAAAUCUUGGGUGAGAACCUCCUUCCCUCAGCCAGGGCAUUGAAAAUGGGUCGUGGAUGGGUAUUCCAGCAUGACAAUGACCCAAAACACACGGCCAAGGCAACAAAGGAGUGGCUCAAGAAGAAGCACAUUAAGGUCCUGGAAUGGCCUAGCCAGUCUCCAGACUUUAAUCCCAUAGAAAAUCUGUGGAGGGAUCUGAAGGUUCGAGUUGCCAAACGUCAGCCUCGAAACCUUAAUGACUUGGAGAAGAUCUGCCAAGAGGAGUGGAACAUAAUCCCUCCUGAGAUGUGUGCAAACCUGGUGGCCAACUACAAGAAACGUCUGACCUCUGUGAUUGCCAACAAGGGUUUUGCCACCAAGUACUAAGUCAUGUUUUGCAGAGGGGUCAAAUACUUAUUUCCCUCAUUAAAAUGCAAAUCAAUUUAUAACAUUUUUGACAUGCGUUUUUCUGAUUUUGUUGUUGUUAUUCUGUCUCUCACUGUUCAAAUAAACCUACCAUUAAAAUUAUAGACUGAUCAUGUCUUUGUCAGUGGGCAAACGUACAAAAUCAGCAGGGGAUCAAAUACUUUUUUCCCUCACUGAAUGUAUUCACCCCCUUUGCUAUGAAGCCCCUAAAUAAGAUCUGGUGCAACCAAUUACCUUCAGAAGUCACAUAAUUAGUUAAAUAAAGUCCACCUGUGUGCAAUCUAAGUGUCAUAUGAUCUGUCACAUGAUCUCAGUAUAUAUACACCUGUUUUGAAAGGCCCCAGAGUCUGCAACACCACUAAGCAAGGGGCACCACCAAGCAAGCAGCACCAUGAAGACCAAGGAGCUCUCCAAACAGGUCAGGGACAAAGUUGUGGAGUACAGAUCAGGGUUGAGUUAUAAAAAAAAUAUCUGAAACUUUGAACAUCCCACGGAGCACCAUUAAAUCCAUUAUAAAAAAAUGGAAAGAAUAUGGCACCACAACAAACCUGCCAAGGAAGGGCCGCCCACCAAAACUCACGGACCAGGCAAGGGGGGCAUUAAUCAGAGAGGCAACAAAGAGACCAAAGAUAACCCUGAAGGAGCUGCAAAGCUCCACAGCGGAGAUUGGAGUAUCUGUCCAUAGGACCACUUUAAGCCGUACACUCCACAGAGCUGGGCUUUACGGAAGAGUGGCCAGAAAAAAGCCAUUGCUUAAAGAAAAAAAUAAGCAAACACGUUUGGUGUUUGCCAAAAGGCAUGUGGGAGACUCCCCAAACAUAUGGAAGAAGGUACUCUGGUCAGAUGAGACAAAAAUUGAGCUUUUUGACCAUCAAGGAAAACGCAAACCCAACACCUCUCAUCACCCCGAGAACACCAUCCCCACAGUGAAGCAUGGUGGUGGCAGCAUCAUGCUGUGGGGAUGUUUUUCAUCGGCAGGGACUGGGAAACUGGUCAGGAUUGAAGGAAUGAUGGAUGGCGCUAAAUACAUGGAAUUCUUGAGGGAAACCUGUUUCAGUCAUCCAGAGAUUUGAGACUGGGACGGGGGUUCACCUUCCAGCAGGACAAUGACCCUAAGCAUACUGCUAAAGCAACACUUGAGUUGUUUAAGGAGAAACAUUUAAAUGUCUUGGAAUGGCCUAGUCAAAGCCCAGACCUCAAUUCAAUUGAGAAUCUGUGGUAUGACUUAAAGAUUGCUGUACACCAGCGGAACCCAUCCAACUUGAAGGAGCUGGAGCAGUUUUGCCUUGAAGAAUGGGCAAAAAUCCCAGUGGCUAGAUGUGCCAAGCUUAUAGAGACAUACCCCAAGAGACUUGCAGCUGUAAUUGCUGCAAAAGGUGGCUCUACAAAGUAUUGGCUUUGGGGGGGUGAAUAGUAAUGCACGCUCAAGUUUUCUGUUUUUUUGUCUUCUUUCUUGUUUAUUUCACAAUAAAAAUAUUUUGCGUCUUCAAAGUGGUAGGCAUGUUGUGUAAAUCAAAUGAUACAACCGCCCCCAAAAUCCAUUUUAAUUCCAGGUUGUAAGGCAACAAUAUAGGAAAAAUGCCAAGGGGGGUGAAUACUUUCGCAAGCCACUGUAUAUUUGGAAAUGCUUUACGAUAUUUCAAGCCUGAUUUUACCAAUGUAGGUUAUCUUUAAUUGUGUUUGAUGUGUUUUCAGAGGCCAACCAUGGAGGAUAGGAGAAUUCUCCCUACAGGGGGAGCAGGUGAUCCAAAAGCAAAGCUCAUACCCUUAGUGGUCAAAACUGAGCCGGACACAAAGACCCGUAGGGUGAGAGAGGAGGCACAGCCUACCAUACCCAUCAGGGUUAAAAAAGAGGACAUCUCUGACGUGCCCCUCAAAGUGCCCAGAUUCCAGUACGUGGACUUCCCUUCGCUGCACCAGUGCAUCCAGCAGCUCACCGUGCCACCCCUGGACAGCUGGCUGGAGGGUUGCCACCUGGCCCUGGGAAGACCCUCUGGAGGACAUACCCCUGUCACUUCCAAGGAGAGGGUUCCCAAGUUUAAGUAUGUGGAUUAUCCCUCUCUGCACCACUGCAUCCAGCAGUUGUCUGUGCCACCUCUGGAGAGCUGGAGCUCGGGGUUGGCCAGGCCAGGGAGUGGGGCGACAGGGGGACCUGGAUCCACAACCUCUCAGCCCAUAUCUGUGAGGGCGAAUCAGACAGGACAGGGAGAUGUUUCAGUAUCGGCUCAACAUCAGGACAAGUACACUGCUUUCCCCUUCCCUGGUCCUGACCCCAGCUCCAUCCAGUUUGUGAACUCCUCAAACCAGGCAUCCCAUAAGCAUCAACUGCCUCAGAUGCGCUUGAGCAGUCCGCCCCGAGCCAGGCCCGCAGUAAGCUCACAGGGGGAAGAGGCUCGUCAUAAGGUGGUGUGUUCAGAUCAGCUGUCUCAAAAGUCCUCUAAUCCUAAAUCUUGGGUUGCUGGAAUGAAGCGUGCCAGAGGAGCGGGGCCACUCCAUCAGAAUAAUAGGAAGUCAGCUGGUGAUGAUGAUUGGCAUGCAAACCUAAAGAAAUCUCCAGAAAGUCAUCAAGAGGCCAAAGUGGAGCUCAGUGACUCUCCUGACCUAGGUCAAGGGUUUUGGAGAACCAUCCCAGAGUCUGUCUGCCCCUUUUGCCAAAAUAUGUUUUCAAAUCCAGAGGAAUUGCGGAUCCAUCAGAAGAGUCACAGAGAAAAGGUCAGUCUGUAGUACCUCGAAAAUGUUCUGAAUAUGUGACAAAUACUUAUUUAAUUGAUCAAAUUGUGUAUCAAAUAAUGAUGAAUCUUGUCUCAUGAUGUUUGUCAUAUAAUUUCAGAAGCCACAUUGAUGUCUUGACAUGGAAACGUACAGCUGACAACAAGGAACAUCUUCACAACUGUGCAUCUACUUCAGUACUUACUACACAGGCGUGGGCUGGGGCAGUCAUCUCCACAAAUUAUUGGUCACCAGAAAGGGGUCCACUGAGGUGGUUUUGAUUGUUAUGUGUUUAUCUUGAUGACAUACUGUAAGUGAGGGACUACAAACAAACUCAUUUAGCUAAGAGCUUAAUUCAUAAUUCAGUUUAGGUAUGAAAUGUGAAAUGAAACGUAAUAGACUGACCUGCAGUGGCUCUUGAUGGUCUUACACUCCUCAUUUACUUAUGGUUUAAUUUGCCAGGAGGUGGCACACAUUAGAUGAGAUAUAACAGGAAAAUCAACCAUUUGAUGUUUCAAUUCAAAUGUCAGGAAUUAGGUUGAAAUGCAGUGCAUUCAUUUUUGUGCUGCUGUAGUUGAGAAUUUAGUUUUAAUUUAUUUUCCUUAAAAGGGAUGCCAAUGUUUUCCUGUUUACAAGCUCUUGUUGGUGAAAUUUCGCUUUAUGGCAAAAACAUUAGUAAAUUGGGGUAUCAGCACCUUGUUCACUGGAGAUGGCUGCCUGUUCAGUAUUUUUAACAUAAUUAUCCAGCUUUGGGUGGCUAUAAAACCAUUAGCUUUUGCUGCGAAACAACACAGGCUUCUUUAUAAUUUCUUAUCUAAUGUUU